AUGUUCAUCAGAUCCUUCUGGGACGGGCGUUCAAGGCUCGAUACUCCACUGCCAAGACGGUUACCAUGCCGAACGACACGUGAUGGUACGCAGGAGCACUACACACGACCACCUGCGACGACCCUCCUGCCAUCGUGUGUGCCCACUGCCAAAGAGUGACGAUGCACCCGACUUUAUCUAGAUUGCGAAAGGUCAUCCCGCCAUCCCAGGGACUGUUCGCAGAGGCAAGCAGAGCUUGGCGAGGCAUGCAAGCAUGAUCGCUCCAUGGACCCGACAGGCAAGGCACGCCAGUUGCAGUGGCGGACAAGCCGAGCCCACCCUGCCCUGCCGCCGGAGGUGCGCGAGUGGACCUUAGCCAGCGUUUCACAGUCUCGGCCGUCAGCAGAGACGCAAGCCCCUGCGGCGACGACGCCGAUCUCGCCACCCAGCCGGCUUCCUGUCGUACCUCCAGCGCUCGGUUAGCCCGCGGCGCCAUUCGCUGAGUCCCGGGGUAGGCCACCGUUCUCACGGAACACGGAAUGUCUCUUGUCCCGUCAACAAGGUCCUGG